CUGCGGUGGUUCGCUGGCCUGGGCCAAUGGCACGCCUGGUGGAGCAGACGGGUGGGAUGAGCCCGGAUCAACCCCUCAAUUGACGCUAUCACGCGCUUUACGGCUGUAACAAAUCGAAUCCAGAGUCCAUUCACAUCCUCCGCGAGCUUCGCUGGCCUCCCACAUUAGUGUCGUCUACUGCCUGGUUGAGGUGGUACAGAGAGGCAUUAAUAAGAAGAGGGGUCGAGCUGUUUUCCCUCACUCUUUUCUCCUUCUUUCAGGGCAUUCCUCUCUUCUGUCCUUUGAAUGAGUCCAAGAAGUAUUCCAUCAAGGCGUUUCCAACAAACGCCGCGAUGGAGCUGUUCUUAACCAAUGUGCCCUCCCACCUCACCGAUGACAGGCUUAGAGCCGAGCUUGAACCCUAUACGAAGGCCUUGGGUAUUAUAGAUUGGUUCUGCGAUAAACCCAAAAGAAAGACUCAUGCCUGGAUCACUUUGCUGUCCGAAGCUGACGGGAAAGAGUUUCUCAAAAAGCACGAGAGCGUCCUCAAUAUUCUGACACAGCCAAGAAUAUUCCAAAAUGACAAGGGUCCGUCUCAGUCUGGGACCAAGGCUGUGGCAAGACUAUACAUACUCAAGACUCCCAUUUUUGUCAAGAAGAGCAACAGAAAAGUCGAUAAAUACUUGCUGCAGCAUCUGGAGUACAUGAAAGAACAGCGGAAAAAAGUGGCUGAGAAUCGCAGCCAAAAGGCCCCAAAAGACUCAAACGACUCAAAAGACUCCACCAUCAGCACGCCUAUCCGUGGCAUCUCUUGCGGCAAAAACAUAUUUGCAAACGAAUCCGAUACUCUGAUGUUUGUCCAGCAGAGCAGUGUCGCUGUCAAAGGUGUAGCAAAGUUUGGCCGCCGCGCCUUGAUACUCAUGCUUGGGCAGGAAUUUCGCGUCGAUAUUGCCUAUGAAACUAUUCAAGAUCUCAUAGCCGGAGCAUCUGAUAAUUCGUUGACUCUUGUCUUGAUUGAGGCUCCAAGAUUUUAUGAGAUGGGGGAAUCUACAUCUCUGCAGUCUGUAUAUGCUACACAUUCUACGAAAUGGGAACGGCAAACGCAUAUAAGUAUCUGGUCUGCUCACGAUAAAUAUGUCGCUCAUUGUCUGGUCUACCAAAUAACACUUGCUUCACAUUAUAUGGAAACGUUAGAAAUUCUGAGGUCUCGGAAUGUUAUCGCUGUUACGAGACAAAAUUUGCCUGUAUUGAGGAACCCUAAGCCCUUUGAGGAUGAUUACACUACUAGCAUGAGUAGGUUUGAGGGGUCUAUUAGGAGUGCUGGCGCUUCGGGGAGAACAACAUUGUUGCCCUUUGUCAUCCUUUUCCAGCUCCAGGCAUUGGUGUGGAACAAUUAUUUACAUCCCGCGAUUGCAACCAAACUGCUUCAGCUCAUGACUUCAGUUGCAAGAGACUGCAAGAGAUCGGGCAUUCCGCUACCAUUCACCACUGAUGCCAUGAAACAGUUGUUUCAGAAAAUUCCAUAUCCAUGUCCUGGAGUAGAGCCUCGAGAUCUUUUUGAAGGGGAGCUGGCGUCAACUGUCGUGGAAACUGAACGGGCUCUCCGCAACGAGGAUCAAGCACGAGUCCUACACUAUGGUGCUCAACUACCUAGACAUCAAGCUUGGAUUUUGAAAGCAAUGGUCACCCCAACUCGCAUUACGCUGCAUGGUCCGGAUGCCGAGAGCAUGAACAGGGUCUUAAGAAUGUUUCCAAAUCACUCGGAUUACUUUAUGCGAGUCAUAUUUGGCGACGAAGAUGGUCAGGAUUUAGCCCUGACCCCCAACGUGAAAAACACCAUGAUUUUUGAGCGGUACAGAAAGAUUCUGAAAGACGGAAUUCUGGUUGCUGGUCGAAGAUUUGAAUUCUUGGGCUUUUCUCAUUCAUCAUUACGCUCACACUCCGCAUGGUUUGUGGCAGCCUUUGUUGAUGAUUCAUUGAACCUUCAAAAUAAUGACACCAUCAUCAAAUCACUCGGCGACUUUAGCGAUAUUCGUAUUCCCGCAAAGUGCGCAGCGCGCAUUGGUCAAGCUUUUUCCGAAACUCCUUACGCUGUGCCAAUCUUAAAAUGUGGCAUCAACAUCGAUUACAUCGAUGACGUGAAGACUGCAGAUGGCAAACGAGUUUUUAGCGACGGAGUCGGAACCAUCUCGUGGGAUGCCAUGGAGGAGGUAUGGGAUCAGCUUCCAAAGGCCUCGUCAGAGGCCACCUGCUUUCAAGUCCGGCUAGGAGGGAUCAAGGGCAUGCUUUCACUUGACUCUCGUUUAAAUGGAAAAGUGAUUUGUGUGCGGAAAGAAUCCAUGAUGAAGUUUCCCAGCAAAGAUCAGACGGAAAUGGGCAUCUGCGAUACUGCCUCCAAACCGAUGCGCACAGUUUUGAACCGUCAGACCAUCAAGAUUUUAGAGGAUAUGGGAACAAAUUCUGAGUGGUUUAUAGAUCAGCAGAAUAAAGCUCUCAACGUCCUGCGAAAUGUCACUACCACAGCAGCAAAUACUAGCACCUUUUUGAAGUAUCAGCUGGUUGGUACCACUGCAGGCCUCCCCAGGCUCAUCAGAUACUUAAGUGCAAUUGGAAUCGAUUACCGGCGAGAAAGGUUUAUGAAGUCGGUCGUGGAUCAUACCAUCUUGCGAGAGCUGCGGCUGCUGAAGCAUAAGGCCCGGAUUCCAGUCGACAUGGGAGUCACUCUUUUUGGAGUUAUGGAUGAAACCGGCUUCCUAGAAGAAGGUCAGAUAUACGUUACCUUUGAUGAAAGCCACGACAAUAUCCAGGGUCGGAUCAAACGGUCGCUCAAAGAUGGGACAGUUCUCGUAACACGCUCGCCUGCCCUUCAUCCUGGAGAUAUUCAACUUGCAGAGAUGAGGACACCACCACAGGGGCAUCCGCUUCGCAAUUUAAAGAACUGCGUCAUCUUCAGCCAGAAAGGGAGUCGUGAUUUACCAAGCCAGUUAAGCGGGGGAGAUCUUGAUGGAGACCUGUACAGCGUCUUUUGGGAUCCCUUCGUAAUCCCCAAACAAUAUUUUAGCCCUGCCGACUAUCCAAGAGUGAAACCGCCGGAACUGGAUCGGGUGGUGACGCGCGAUGAUAUUGCGGAUUUUUUUGUGAAUUUUAUGGAAGCAGACAUUCUAGGUUUAAUUGCCACCAGACAUCAGAUGAUGGCUGAUUACUGCGAGGAGGGGACGCUAAGCGCAGACUGUGUCAAGCUCGCGGAGAUGCAUUCAACUGCGGUCGAUUACUCCAAGACUGGUAUUUCAGUGAAGCAUCAAGAUAUGCCAAAGCCGCCACGGAUGCGGCCAGAUUUUCUCGCUCCUGCCCCCCCAACUCGUCUAUAUGAUCGUGGUGAAAUUGACAACAUCGGAGAUCCAAACGAUGACGAAGACGAUGAAGACGGAAUGGGAAUGGUAAAAUAUAAAUACUACAGGUCAUUAAAGAUAUUAGGCGAAUUGUACCGCGGCGUGGACGAAAAGAAAAUCUGGGCUAAGGAUGUCCAACGGCCAGUUGAUAUGAGCGGUCCGUCGUUGUGGGACCAACUAAACACGCAUGUGCGGACUGCCUUGAGGGAAGAAGGAUAUUCCACCUUGGAUAUUAAUUAUAUGCGUCAGAUUGAUCACGCUUGGAAAAUUCGCGAUCUGUACGAAUCAGCCGUCUCUAAUAACAUGUGGCAAUUUUCAUCCAACCCUCGUGUCCCUAUAACAGAGGUGGAAGCUUUUUGUGGUUCAAUUUUAAACCCCAAGGGCAGCCAGACUAGGCGACAGCGAGACUCGUCAAUUAAGUUGAAAGAUGAGAUGGAUAGUGUCAUGAGCCAUAUCGUGAAACUCAUAGGUGAUCGCAGCGGGAGUACCACCAAUGCAGAUGAUGCCUUAUCCACUAUGAGCGAUGACGAUGAAAUAGGUGAAAGGAAAUCAAUGAACGCGAUAGAAUUGUCCUGGGCAUGCAUGACUGUUGGGAACGACAAGUCUGCGGACAAGACCAAUCGUCUGGAUGAGCCGAAGCUGGAGAGCUUUCGAGUGGUGGCGGCGUGCUGUCUGGUGAAGGAGCUGAAUGAUCUUUUGACGAGGAAGAACUGGGGGAGGAUGUUGAAGAAGAGCGGUGGCUAUGUUGGAGUUUCGUCGGGGUACCACAAUCGACAGCAUGGACCGUUGCCGAUAAGAUGAUGGUGGAUGUUUGUUUAUGCAUCUUGGUAAUGGAUAUUGCGCACGGAGAUUACUAACGGAUUUAUAAGUGCAUACCUUGUUUGUACGCACUUAUUAAUUAAAGAUGUGUGAUUAUGUCAUGAUAUCUACUGAGUAGAUUAUGAGAUGAAGAUGAUGAUGGGUAC